GCGAGGAGACUGGUAAAAGCAAACAAGAUGGCAGCUCAAGUGAGGGUUUUGCAGCUAAAUGCAGGCGAGAAUUUGGAGAAUAAACUCUACCGAUUGCAAAAAGGAUGGAUUUUGCGUUUUACCUUGGCUCCAACCCUACAGCCCUAUAAUGCUCAUUUAUACUGCAAUCAUCCAAAACCUGGACAGCCCUUUGUCAGGGAUCAGUACAACAAGCUCACAUGGACUUGCUCAACCAAAGGAAAGUGUGAUAAUGGUGACCGAUAUGCUGAAUUAAAGGUCCACCAAGCUGGAGCAUUUUACUUUUUCCUUGUAUAUGACGGAAAAAUAAAUCAGACUGAUAAAGAGAAUAAAACGCGUGGAUAUUUCACUGUGGACCCAACACUGUACAUYAACGAUAAUGAAACACUUCCCUUAGACUGCAUCAGUCUCCAGACUGUCUUAUCUAAAAGCCUUGGACCUCUCUCACAGUGGACGGACAGACUACGCAUUGGGAAAGAAUCAGGCUACAAUAUCAUUCACUUUACUCCACUACAAGAGCUGGGAGAAUCCAAUUCAUCUUACUCGCUGUACAACCAACUAGAGCUAAAUCACCUCUUUAGUGAGCCUGAGUCCAAGAAGAAAGUCACUCAAGAUGAUGUCAAAAAGGUCAUUGAUAAAAUGCGAACUGAAUGGGGGAUGUUGUCAAUCGUUGACAUUGUACUYAAUCAUACUGCUAACAAUUCAGCGUGGUUGUGGCAGCAUCCCGAGUGUGCAUACAAUGUUAGCAACUCACCUCACUUGAGGCCAGCCUUCUUAUUGGAUAGACUGCUGUGGCAUUUCUCUUGCGACAUUGCCGAUGGUAAAUAUACUGAGAGGGGGGUCCCCCCUGAAGUCGAUAAUGAACAUCAUAUUUACUUGAUUGGGGAAAUACUCAGAAAUGAGCUCAUUCCUUCACUAAAACUGUGGGAAUUCUACUGUAUUGAUGUGGAUCAAGCAGUUGAAAGAUUCAGGCAAGGUGUAUUGAAGGCCAAGAAACAAUCACCAACUAAACAUAACACUACAAAACUCAAGAUUUGUCCGAGUUUGUCAUAUGAAAGACAUGCGGCAAUUGUUAAUAUUGAAGCAGCAUUGGAAUUGUUUAAUGUUGAGAGAUCGGGCGUAUCUUCAGAGAAAGAGCGAUUACAGCAAUGCUGCGAUGCAUUUAAAGAUCACCUGAACGCCAUGAAUGAAGAUAUAAAAUACAAUGGCGUCUAUAGCCACAUUGAUGCAGCGAUAAGUCAUGUCCAGAACACUAUACGAUAUGAGAGGCUACAAGACCAUGGACCUAAACACCCUAAAGUUACACGAACURACCCGUUGGUAACAAGAUACUUCAUGGUGCCCAAUAAAGAUACUGCCUCGAUAGAAGAAGACGAAAAAAUCAUGGAUUCUAGUGAUAGUAAGUACUGUAUGGCCCAUCACGGGUGGAUGGUUGGUGGUGAUCCUCUGAAAGACUUUGCAGCCCCUGAUUCUAAUGCUUAUCUAAGACGAGAAGUGAUUGCAUGGGGUGACAGUGUUAAACUAAGAUAUGGUCAAAAACCCGAGGAUGCGCCUUUUUUGUGGGACCAUAUGUUGAAGUAUACAAAGUUAUGUGCAAAUCUCUGUGCAGGUGUACGAUUGGAUAAUUGUCACAGCACUCCUUUACAUGUUGCAGAGUACAUGYUAGACGCAGCGCGGCAGGAGAACCCGGAGCUGUACGUAGUUGCCGAGCUUUUCACUGGUUCUGAAUUUCUGGACAACRUAUUUGUGAAUCGUUUCGGGAUAACGUCUUUUAUAAGAGAGGCCAUGUCAGCGCAUGACGCACAUGAAGAAGGUAGGCUCAUCUACCGGUAUGGAGGAGACCCAGUUGGAGCUUUUAUGGAUCCCUUAGCGACCAAGCCGUUUGUACCGGCAAUYGCACAUGCUUUGUACAUGGAUGUCACGCACGACAACGAAAAUCCUAUAAAGGUUCGUUCAGUGUACGACUCUAUCGCAAGCUCUGCCUUAGUGUCCAUGGCAUGCUGUGCAUCGGGAAGUAAUCGAGGUUACGAUGAACUCGUACCACAUCAUAUUCAUGUUGUGAAAGAGGAGCGACUAUACAAGUCUUGGCCAAACAAAAACUCGAAAUUGCCUUCAGAGGCCUUUGUUACACCUACGUCGGGCAUCGUGCCGGCAAAACGGGCGAUCAAUCAGCUACACAAGAGACUGGGACUAGAGGGUUACUCACAGGUUUACGUGGACCAGAUUCAUAGCGACGUCCAUGCCAUCACGCGUCACUGUCCAGAUAAACGUAAAACUGUAGUCCUAGUCGCUCACUCGGCAUUUCAGCCACCACCAGAACAUUUGCUACCAACAAAGGCAAAUAUGACGGUCAAGAUGCAUGGAAUUCCUCCUCUCACUAUACCUGGCGAUAUUGAAGAAGUGAUUUUCGAAGCCAUGUUGUUCAGGAAAGAUGACGUCAAGACGUUUGAAAAAGACAAUAAGUUUAUCAAUGGCCUCGAGUCGCAUGAAGUAAUGAUGCAGGAAAAUGUUCCUAUUGGUCAAUCGAAGACUUGCAGAAUAGUACGACGAGAAGGAGCCAACAUGUGUGAAGUAUUUUUUGAUCACUUCUCUCCUGGAAGUGUUAUCGCAUUUCAAGUUGUUAUGGAACCGAAAGUUACCAAAGCAUUGGGUCAACUACGGUCGCUUUCGUGCGAGCUUUAUGGCAACAAAACCGCCAACAAAGAAAGCAGUGAUUCCGUUAAAAAUUUGGUAUCCAUCUUGAAUAACCUGUCUUUAUCCGACUUGAAUCGUGUUCUUUAUCGAUGUCAUAACGAGGAAGCUGAUGAUGGCAAGGGUGGGGGAGUAUAUACCAUACCAGACUAUGGGGCAUUGACUUACUGUGGCCUUCAAGGAUUUCUAUCGGUUCUUACUGAYGUCCGACAGAACAACGACCUCGCCCAUCCAAUCUGUAGAAACCUACGGGAAGGCAACUGGAUGAUGGAUUACGUCGUCAAUAGACUAAUGGACGUCCAUGGCACAAGACCUUUGGCAGUGUGGCUAGAUAAAGCAUUCAGCCUUGUCAAGGAGUGCCCUCGUUAUCUUGUACCUUGUUACUUUGAUGCCAUUAUCACGCCUCUAUAUCUCUUGGUUUUGAAGAGGGCAUGGGCCCACAUGUCGAAAUUUGUCCAAGAAGGGUCAUCUUUUGUCAAGUCACUGUCGUUAGGCUCAGUUCAAUUUAUUGGCCUGACGCGCUCAGCUAACCUCCCUACCUUAUCCCCCUCAUUGCAACAUGGUCCCAGGUCAGGAUCCGACAUACCAACCUUGAUGUCAAUGGCGGCCGGACUGCCUCAUUUCUCGACCGGAUUUAUGAGGUGUUGGGGCAGGGAUACUUUUAUAUCAUUAAGAGGAUUAAUGCUGACAACUGGUCGGUUUGCUGAUGCAAGGCAUCAUAUCCUUGCUUUCGCUGGCUGCUUACGUCACGGACUCAUUCCCAAUCUCCUCGAUUGCGGAAAAAAGCCAMGAUACAACUGUCGCGAUGCAGUCUGGUGGUGGCUUCAAUCUAUCCAAGAUUACUGCAACAUUGUCCCUGAUGGUCUAAACAUCCUUAAAGACAAAGUCUCRUGYAUAUUUCCUACCGAUGACUCUGAGGCAAUUCCGCCUGGGAAAGUGGAGAAGCCCCUUCAUGACGUCAUGCAACAAGCAAUUCAGCGUCAUUUUGUCGGCGUCCAAUUCCGAGAGAGGGGAGCUGGGCCUGGACUCGAUUCCAAUAUGAAAGAUCAGGGUUUCAACUUGUCUAUCGGUGUAGACGAUAGCACUGGGUUCGUGUUUGGUGGAAACGAAUGGAAUGCUGGGACAUGGAUGGAUAAAGUUGGGGAGUCAACUUUGGCUGGAAAUGCUGGCGUACCGGCCACUCCAAGAGAUGGAACUGCAGUCGAGAUCAUAGGUCUCUGUAAAUCAACGGUUCGAUGGCUGGCAGAGUUGAGCAAGUCGAAGAAGUUUCCAUAUUCYGGAGUUUCAAAGAUAUACGAUGGCUUCRCGGUUGGUUUGACAUACGCAGAAUGGAACGCAAAGCUGGAUUCGAACUUUGAGAAACAUUUCUGGAYCUCAGACAAUCCUGACCCCUCCCUAGAGGGUGAGAAGGCGUCCCUGGUCCACAGACGUGGUAUAUACAAAGAUUCCGUUCGUGCAAGUCAUCAGUUUGCUAAUUAUCAACUUAGACCCAAUUUUUGCGUGGCUAUGACAGUGGCACCCGAGAUGUUUACUCCUGAACGUGCAUGGAAAGCAUUAGACGUGGUCGAAGAUGUUCUACUUGGUCCUCUGGGCGUGGCAACACUUGACCCUCAGGAUUGGGCCUAUGAUGGUAAUUAUGACAAUGGUACCGAUUCGACUUCAUACAAGAGUUCUAAAGGGUUUAGUUAUCAUCAAGGGCCGGAGUGGGUGUGGUGUAUYGGACCAUUUUUAAGGGCACGMCUUCAUUUUGCCAAAAUACUACAAGAACAAGAUSUCCUUGCCCAGACAAUUACCAAAGUACGGAGGAUUCUAGCUCUACACAAAGAACACAUAAAUGCCUCCCCCUGGAAAAGCAUACCUGAGUUAACCAACGCCGGGGGAGAGCCUUGCCAUGAUGGAUGCCCAGCUCAAGCAUGGUCCAUCGCUUGUAUUCUUGAUGUCCUUUAUGAUUUAGAAAAAUAUUGCCAAAAUUGACCUUAGAAUUUAUGAUGCUAGUGUACUACGACUAAUUAUGUACAACUCUUAUGUCAGCCCACCUUUUUGCGAAGGUUUGCUGCCAUCCAACAUGACGAUGAAACCAAAACGGGAUCCUGCAAUUAAACCCCGGUCAAGAGCAGCUGGGAUUCCAUGGAUUAGUUAAAACAUCUUUAGAAAACCUGAUUGACGAAUUUUCUUUGUUCCUUUUUGUUGCUACUGUCCUUCAAUAUAAUGCUAUUUAGAUUAAAAUACGUGGACAUUAAUCGCAUCUUGUACUCGAUCCCAUAUCCACAUGUAUCAAAGGAUAAAGCUUCCAUGUUAACCAUAAAACGGGAUUAUAAAAAAAAUAAUCGCUUUCUGUAUUAUACUGAUUAAAUUUACAUAGCUCGAAUAAAAAAUACAGGGAAUUUACA